AUGACAAGAGAUGGACAAGCAACAAGCAAGAGCGAGAGGCAACGGGUGAGGCGGAUGGGCAAGUCAGGCGAGAAAACCACACCGGGGGGUAGAAAAACACAAAGGAGAAUCCGAAGUAGCUGCUCGGCGCAAGACAAAAAGAGGCUUGGACACGAUAGAGGAGCCGAACCGGUGAAGCCUAAUCCGAUGUGGACCAGCGAGUCAAGGGAAACAAGAGAAGGCGAACCUAGCCAAGGUAGAGACAACCGGAGGCAAAACAACCGAAUCCAUACUCGUGGAAUCUACAAGCUCGGCAGAAGUGAGUACACCAAACCAACGAGACAUAUCAAGCCGACCAAGGCCGGGACACCCAUAGCGCAAAACGGUAAGACCAACGAGCAGGUAAGCCACCAGCAGAGGCAAGCUCAACCAACUCCAAUCAUCACCGAGCAGAGGCCCGGGAUCAAACACAAAGGAACAUCCGAAGAAGCCGCUCGGCGCAAGACAAAAAAGAGGCUUGGACAUAAUAGAGGAGCUAGACCGGUGAAGCCUAAUCCGAUGUGGACCAAUAGUUACGGGAACAAGAGAAGGCGGACUAAUCGAGCUAGCCAAGGUAGAGACAACCGGAGGCGAAACACCGAAUCCAUACCGUGGAAUCUACUAGCUCGGCAGAAGUGA